AUGGGCUACCAGGACGCGCCGGGCGGCGGCGGCGGCGGGAAGCUAUCGCUCGCUAGCGUGGGCUUCGCCGGACCCGGCGCCGGGUCGGGCGGGGGCGGAUACAAGGAGCUCCUCGUCAUGGCGCUGCCUAAGGACGACGGCCUCGACGGCGCCAAGGUCGCGGAGGUCAUCGGCGUCGGGAUGCCGGACGUCGCGGGGGCCGUGAGGAAUAUUUUGGGGCGCAGAGAGUUCAGAGAAUUUGCCAGUGGGGCAUUAGCUGGUGCUAUGUCAAAAGCUAUUCUUGCUCCUCUUGAGACUAUAAGGACAAGGAUGGUUGUAGGAGUAGGAUCUAGGCAUAUUUUUGGUAGUUUUGUGGAGAUCAUUGGACAAAAUGGGUGGCAAGGGCUUUGGGCAGGAAAUACAAUCAACAUGCUUCGCAUUAUUCCAACACAAGCAGUGGAGCUCGGAACAUUCGAGUGUGUCAAAAGGAGCAUGGCAGAAGCACAAGAGAAAUGGAAAGAGGAUGGAUACCCAAAGAUACAGCUUGGCAAUCUGAAAAUCGAGCUGCCACUCCACUUCUUAUCUCCGGUUGCUCUUGGCGGUGCUGCUGCUGGAAUAGUUGGAACAUUGGCGUGCCAUCCUCUUGAAGUUAUCAAGGAUCGUUUGACUAUCAAUCGAGAGGUUUAUCCUACCAUUAGCCUUGCCUUCAGCAGGAUCUACCGGACUGAGGGUAUAGGUGGUCUCUAUUCUGGUCUCUGUCCAACACUGAUUGGCAUGCUUCCUUACAGCACAUGCUACUACUUUAUGUAUGAUACAAUGAAGACCUCUUACUGCCGCUUACAUAAGAAAUCAUCUUUGAGUCGUCCUGAGCUACUACUUAUUGGGGCACUUUCAGGCCUUACUGCAAGCACAAUCAGCUUCCCGCUGGAAGUAGCAAGGAAGCGGCUCAUGGUCGGUGCCCUGCAGGGCAAGUGCCCGCCCAACAUGAUCGCGGCCUUAUCAGAGGUGAUCCAGGAGGAAGGCCUCCUGGGAGUGUACCGCGGAUGGGGCGCAAGCUGCCUGAAGGUCAUGCCGAAUUCCGGCAUCACCUGGAUGUUCUACGAGGCAUGGAAGGACAUUCUUCUCGCUGACAAGGAUAAGAGCAAGCAGCGUGUUUAGUGUUAGCUGUUGCAGUGAAGGGCAUUGCCGUCGACGAAGUUUGCUCCUUGGCUGGGAUUACUGGUCCCUUUUCAAGUUUCGGAAUCCCACCUGCACCGAAUGGGUAGAUAGGAUGCGUUGCUCUUUUUUGGCCGAUGAGUGGAGGCAUUUGUUGUUCCUCAUCAAUUCUGAACAUCUGAUCAUCGAUUUUUUAUUAAUAAACCGAUUUCAUUAGCUCGUAAUAUGAUAAAUGCGGUGGGUCCAGAUAUUUAUGUCA